UCAUUUGUUAUAGCAAUUACGAUAUUUUUUUAAAAUUUCUAUAAUAUACAUAUACAGAAAUAUAUAUAUAUAAAAGAAAUAGUUGAGUUGAGAGAUCUUUCUUUGGUCGUCUCAAUUUUUCGUAUCUUUACAUUUCGAAGGAAAUAUCUGCCGUAAUUAUCAUGUGAUAGUUGUCGUACUUCGUUCGUCUCUUCGUCUCUUCUACGAAGUGCGUUUUUAGGAAGCCGACUUUUUUUUUUUUUAACUAUCUCCGAACCCGCAGAAUUAAAAAAAAUAUAGAAAAGGAAGGAAAAAUAAAUCAACUUGAUUCAGAGAAGGGAAAGAAAACAAACAACUAAAAAGAUAUGGGUUGCUGCUUUAGUAAAAAGCAGGAUAAAGACAAGUAUAGUGGACCAGAUGAAAACGACGGUUUGCUCCAGGAUCCUGCCAAUGUUGACAGCCCGAGUCUUCAUACUGGAAGGUUUUUUUUUAACUGAAUGUGGGGAGCAUUCAGAUAAAGUUGACGAGCAAUCAAAACUAGGUAGGAUACUCCAGACAACUGCAAGGAACAUCAUUGACGUUGCUGCUAUGGAACCACAAAGCAUGGAACACAAUGAAUAUCAUGACAAAGCUAAAUUGUACAGUGACAAAUUAAAUAGCGCUUUAAAUGGCUCUGGUCGAAUCCGAACGUAUAAAACACAGUUACCAAACAGUACAAAUAAUCCACAAGUAAUUUUGUCGUCACAGCCUUUGCCUUCUACAGAUCUUUUAUUGAUUAAAAAAGCAGCUGACCAAGCCUGUGAUGCUUACAAUCAUAUUCAAGUCAAUCAUAAAGAAGAAUUAAUAGUACCAUUCAGGGUUUGUUAAGUCUAAACUCCCCUUCCAAAAUGAAUGAUUUUUUUAAGAAAAAAACAAAACAAAACAAAAGACAUUAGCAAAAUCCAGUGUGUGCUUGCUUUCACUUACCCACACGCACACUCACUCAUGGCUGCUGCAUCGCUACCAGCAGAUGCUGUGCACUUAUUGGUGAAUGUUAACACAUGUAUUGGCUUGGUCACAAACACACACACACACACACAUACACACAUCACAAACACACACGUUUUCCCCGAAAGUUGUAUCUUUCUUAACGAAUGUUUCAUUAUAAAAAUUGAAAAAUAGGAAGAUGUUCUUUCUUCCAUCAGAUUGCUGAUCAUGGGCUAUGUGAGUAAAAUGGGAGACAUGAUGCUGCUUGUUCAAUCUAAAAUUCUUUACCAGUGUCCUAUUAACAUACAAUUAAUAAAAAAGCUAGAUGGUUUUCAACUAUGCUAAAUUUUCAAAAUUUAUCUUAAAUGUUUUAUUACCAUUAAUUGAAAAUAAAAUCUUUUGACAUUU